AUGGAGACAACCGUGAGAAACAAGCAAUUAAUACUUAGAGAUUACGUUAAGGGUUUCCCAAAUGAAUAUGAUCUAAUGAUUGUCGCGGUUGAUGGCGCUAUAGAACUCAAGGUUAAGCCUGGAUCCAAGGCGAUUUUGGUGAAAAAUCUUUACUUAUCUUGUGAUCCUUACAUGGGGAUUCGCAUGAGAGAACCAAAUCCUUCGACUUCAGCACUCAUGGAUGCUUUCGUUCCUGGCAAGCCAAUAUCCGGAUUUGGAGUGUCUAGGGUGAUAGAUUCUGAUGAUCCAACUUUCUCAAAAGGUGAUUUUGUUUGGGGAUUGGUCGAGUGGGAAGAGUAUAGUACUAUUAACCCAACGGGUAGCUUCAAAAUCGACGUCAACAUCAAUGUUCCUCUCUCUUACUACACUGGAAUCCUCGGUAUGCCCGGUUUGACUGCUUAUGCUGGAUUUUACGAGAUUUGUUCACCUAAGAAAGGAGAAACAGUCUUCAUUUCUGCGGCUUCUGGAGCAGUUGGUCAGCUCGUGGGUCAGUUUGCUAAGUUGAUGGGAUGUUAUGUUGUUGGAAGUGCUGGAAGUAAACAAAAGGUCGAUCUCUUGCUCCACAAACUUGGUUUCGAUGAUGCAUUCAACUACAAGGAAGAGCCUGACCUUGACUCUGCCUUAAAGAGGUAUUGA